AGCAUGACCUCACUGCAUUCUGCACAGCUGCGCGAGGGAGCAAGAGAGCUAGGAGAGAUAGAAGAGAGAGCGAGAGGGGCUGCCUGGUUCCCUGCACGGGCUCGGUUGUGGGAAAUUGCAUAGCAGAUUGUGCUUUUAAACAGCCUUACGCCGAUAUGUAUUCUUCAGUUUCUGGUGCAUUACACGCGCUACAAGAAACCAACACCCACUCGGUUAAUGUCAAUAAUAAAGCAGUGUGAGAUGGACGAGUCGUCUCUGUUGGAUCUAUUGGAGUGUUCAGUGUGUUUGGAGAGGCUGGACACUACAGCUAAAGUCCUGCCUUGCCAACACACCUUCUGUCGCCGCUGCUUGGAGAACAUAGUCAGCUCCAGGAACGAACUGAGAUGCCCAGAAUGUCGAAUCCUAGUCGGCUGUGAGGUGGAUGACCUCCCCGCGAAUAUCUUGCUGGUCCGCCUGCUGGACGGGAUCAAACAGCGGCCACGGAAUGGAGGCAGUACCAGGCUGUCGCUGGUGGGAGGCGGGCGUUCGCUGGGCUGUGCAGCCGGGAUCAGCGCCUCUCCCCCGGGCAGUGGGAUCAGGGACCUGCCGGUGGCCACACGGAGCCCCCCGGUCAAGACUGUAUCUAAUCUAACCCAAACCCUGCCCUGUGGGAAGGCUCUCUAUUCCUACGAGGGGAAGGAACCUGGAGACCUGCAGUUCGUUAAAGGGGACAUCAUCAUCCUGCGACGUAAAGUUGACGACAACUGGUACCACGGGGAGCUGAACAGUUGUCAUGGUUUCCUGCCAGCUAGUUACAUUGCGUUGUUACGGCCGCUGAGCCAAACUCCGCCCACAGGAAAGGCCCUGUACGACUUUGAGGUCAAAGACAAAGACCAGGACAAAGACUGUCUGGCCUUCUCGAAGGAUGAGGUUCUGACGGUGAUCAGACGAGUGGAUGACAACUGGGCAGAGGGCAUGCUGGGAGAUAAGAUUGGGAUCUUCCCCAUCCUCUAUGUAGAGCUAAAUGAAACAGCCAAACAGUUGAUGGAGAUUGACAAGCCGACAUCCAAUCCCGUCCCUGGCCUCAGCUUUGACCCGUCUCCUGGCCUCCCAUUGGGUCCCUGCUCCCCUGGCCCCUCCCCUAACCCAUCCUCUGCAGAAAGCGCCAAUGGUGCCCUCCAGAGGCAAGAGGAGGAGAGGAGAGGAGGAGAGGGGAAGAAAAACGCUAAGAAGCGCCACUCGUUCACAGCUCUGAGUGUGACGCAGCGGACAGCCCAGCUCAACAACAGACACAGCAUGGAGAUCUCCCACCCUGUACUCAUCAGCUCCUCUGACCCCAGGGCUGCUGCACGCAUACAGGACUCUCCCCCCGGUCCCUCUCCCUCCUCAGUAGCAGUUCUAGUUCCUCCCAGAGUGGCUUCAGUCACCUCAGAACUGCUGGCUCAAGCCAAGGUCCAACUACCACUCAACAUCUACCUGGCCCUGUAUGCGUAUAAGCCCCAGAAGGCAGAUGAGUUGGAGCUGAGGAAAGGAGAGAUGUACCGCGUCACAGAGAAGUGUCAGGACGGGUGGUUUAAAGGAACCUCACUACGCACCGCUGCUUCAGGAGUCUUCCCUGGAAACUAUGUAACACCCGUGUCCAGAGCUCCGUUUGCGGUGGGUGGUUCUCGGGGCUCCUGUCUCUCGGGGCAGGAGGUGGGAGGGGUGGGACAGGGGAGUAAGGCAGCCUCCCCCUCCUCCGCUGGCCCCUCCUCUUCUCGUCCCACUCCUCCUCCCUCUUCCCCCCAAUCUGCCGCUGCUCAGCUGAAGAACUGCCUUCGCUCCGGACAACAAACAGUUAACCAGACCCGCUCUGCCAUGCAACUGGCCCACAGCCCACCCUCCAGCAGCCCAGAGCGUCCCACAGCGGCUGUCUCUCCUCUCCGACCUCAGAACUCCUCCCCGUCGCGCUCCGCUGGCCAAUUGGCUCGCCCGAUGUCCAUGUUGUCCCCCGGCCCUUCCCCCCUCUCCUGCCUCUCCUCACCUCUCAUCCCCCUUUCCUCCCCUCUCUCCUGCCUCACCCCUCCCAACGCCAGUGCCGCCCUGCUCAACGGAGAAUCAACCAAUCCCUUCCAACCGUCCUCGCCUGGCACCUCCCACAGCAACGCCCCAAAACCAGAGAAGAAGGAGAAGAAAGGAGGUCUGCUAAAGCUUCUCUCUGGAGCCGCGGCCAAGAAAAAGGCAUCUCAUUCUCCCCCGUCCUCCCCCCCAACCCUCCCGUUGUCGGGUGCCGUCCUCCCACAUCACACCCGCUCUGGCUCCUGUCCAAUGGAGGCCCAGGGGCGUGCUGGGUCUUGUCCAAUCGAGAGUGAGAUGGCCGGGGCAAUGGGGUUAGAGACGCUGAACAGGAAGUCAGGAUCCCUCGAUCUCAACUUCCCCCGGUCGCCCCCGACGACCCGCCCCGGGAACGCACUGCUAGCCCUCCGGCCUGAACCCAAACCACUGUCCAGAGAGAGGUAUCGCGUGGUGGUGCCCUACCCCCCUCAGAGCGAGGCGGAGAUCGAGCUGAGACAGGGAGACGUGGUGUUUGUUCAUAAGAAGAGAGAAGAUGGCUGGUAUAAAGGAACUCUGCAGAGGACUGGACGCACUGGCCUCUUCCCCGGCAGCUUCGUAGAGAUCUUCUGAACAGGACCGCUAACACACACACACACACACACACACACACACACACACACACACACACACACACACACACACACACAGGGAUGGGCAGAAAUUACUAAAUACAAUUACAAAGUGUGUAAUGGACAUUUUUUGUUUUUUCCAUAUCCCAACUCCCCCUGAGACACCCUCAGGGAGUGGGGUCACGGCCAGGGU